ACUAAGAUAAACGUAACCUUAAAUUAUAACCUGAAGAAAACAGCGAUGUGAUAUAAAAGUAUUGAAGUAUUAAUUAAACGAUGUUAUUCGAAGACUUUGAUAUAGAUUUUUAGUUAAAAUAACGAUAUCAUUUUUAAUAGCACGUCAAGAAUAUGACUGGAUUAUUUGCAAUUUGCAUAAUCUUCUUAAUCUUUUAUUGUUUUUUCACCCGGAUAGUACCAAGAUUAUUAGCAUGGAUAGUAAAACGUUGUUAUAAAAUUCAUUUGCAAGUAGGCCACAUUUCUUUGCCUUAUUUUAGACUUCGUGACGUCAAUAUAACUAAAAAUGGUUUUACACUGCAAGUUGAAGAAAUACGCAUACGCAGUAGUUUCUUCAGCAGUGAUGUAGCAAAAUUACUAGCCGUUGUUAUGAAGGAUGUUAGAAUAAAUAGGGAUGUUCACCCAGCUUGUAAGAUAAAACAGUCCGAUGAACUGUUAGAUUUUCGAAAUAAGAAGAUACCUCCAAUAAUAAUCAAAUCUGUACAGUUUAUGGCUGUACAUGUAGAAAAUAUAAGCGUACUAAUUCUUGGAAAUGGCUGGUUGGCUAAUGGAAAUGCAGAAAGCUUGAGCCUGGAUGCCAGCAUCGUACAUGGUGCGUGCACACUUUUAGCAUCCGCCACUAUUGUUGGUGGAACUAUGAAAUUACUGCAACAUGCUUCCGAUGCGUGUCUUUCCCAGGUAACAUUUGCUGGGACAGUUGAAGCUACCUUCAAAGCUCAAGGAGAACUCUCAGUUGAGACAUUAUGCAUCGGAAUAAUUCAGACCGAAGGAUCCGGUGGUGCGGGUCUCGUUCAGUUUUUGAAAGAUAGAAGAACGUUAAAUACUACGACUUAUACAUCUAGUGAUGCAGAUAAUGAUCCUUCUAAUAACUUGAUGACCAGGAUAGCUCCUAUUUUACCCAAAGAUUUUACAUUGAAAAUCGGCAAUUCGUUAAUAAUAGCUGGUAGGGAAGACAGCAAUAUGAUAGGUUUGGAAGGUACUUUGAGGAGUCUUCAAGUUCAUGCAAAAUUUCAAGCUGAUAGAACACGAUUAAACUUUACUGUAAACCUCGACGGUCUGUGCAUACGUGGAAAACUUCCCAUUUUGACCCUACAUUCAAUGUCAAUUGAUACAAAGCUGGAGGAGAAUAUCUCAUUUAUCUCUAUACAACUGAACACUCUUUCGAUAAUGUACGAUCAUAAGGACUGGGAAUCGUUGCUAUAUAUUAAUGAAAAUAAUAUUUCGAAACCUGUCAGCAAUAUAUCGUUCAAGAACAGGUUACCGAAUUUUGAAGUAACGUUAAAUACCGAACUGUAUGAUUCUUCAUUGAAUAUAAAAUUGCCGGAUGUACAAGAGGCAGCUUGCAGCGUCACGCACAUGAAAUUUUCAUUGAAUUUAUCUACAGAGAAAACGGAAAAUUUAAACACAGAAUUAGUCUUGGAGUCUUUAUAUUGUACUUUAAAUGGUGCCAAUGGUAAUAUCUCAGAAACGUCUCAUCAAUGGGGCAGUCCAUUGUCUAUAGGAGUAUUGUUAGCAACAACCCAUAAUAAUGCUAUAGGAAUUGCAGUCGACGCUCUUGUGACAGAAUGGAGUUUGGAACUUGCAAAAUUUCUCGAACAAGCCUACAAGUGCUACAAAAAGUAUGAGCAACCAGUGGCGAAGAAGCAAGUUACAGUAUCUUAUAAUCCUAUCCAGUUGAAUCUGAAAGUAACAAAUUGCAAUUUAUUUUUUAUUGCAGAAAACAAGCUGUCCAUAAUGACGCGUUUAGACAUAGCUACCUUGGAACAAAGCACAAAGCGAUUCGUGGGUGUGGCUGAAGGGAUAAGCGCGAUAACCCUUAACAAGGACGAGCCGAUUAUGUGUCAACACGCGCAGGCUGUGACCCAUCCGUUUUUAGCGAUACGAAAGUGCAAAGCCGCAAUUACAUUCGAUGCGGUAAACAUCAGUCUCGAAGGAACUAAUCUAGCAUGGAGCCCUAAUUUACAUCUUCGUUUAUUGCAAGUCUGGAGGGAGUCUAAAGAUUUCAGGUCUAUCGUCAUGAACGAAAUUAGCGCGACUCGUAUCGAAGAGGUGCAUAGGAAGAAACGCAUUCUGGACUUAUUAGCCACUAAUGGAAUCACGGUUUCUAUCGACAUCUCCACCAAACACUUCCUGAUCCUGAGAUCCGACCAAUUACGCUGGUCGCAAGGCGAGUGGAGGCUCACGUAUAUCCGAGUUACCUUGAACAUCGCUGACGUGAUCAUGAUCGAAGGCUUCGAAUUUGUCAGGGUGCUCGAAAACGAGGAGGUGCGAGCGGAGAGGCAGAGCAACGAGGGCUUUGUCCUGGAUUGGAACGAGUGCUGGGCACUGAACAUUGACUCCAUCAAGAUCUGCUUCCCCUACGAGCACGAGUUCACGAAUGCGAUACAGAACGAGCUGUUUAGCAUCAGGAAGUGGCUGAAGGAGAUCCAUUUCUCGCCGAACGCGCCUAAACAGACAUCCUUGCCUUAUGACCUGAUCAUCAAGAUCAAGGAGUGGACAUUCGAGCUCAGCGACGACCCGUUCGAGGUGCGUUUGCGCGACAAUUACGAAUUACUGGAGGACGAGUAUAAGGAGAGCCUGAAGCGUCAGGCGAUGCUGGACGCGAAGGUGCAGGAGCUCUGUCGCGCGCACCUGUUGCUUCCUCAGGGCAAGGUCGAAGAGCUCUACGCCAGCCUGAACAAGAAGAAUGCCGAGAUCUACGUGCAGAGGUGGAAGCAGAUGCAGCGCGCUGGUCCUGCACGCACUCGAUUGUUUGCCUGGACCAUGCUGGACCUGGAGAUCCUGACCUUGGCCGACCCCUCUAUAAACGACGACGGGGAAAAACAGGUGAGGGCCCUGAAGGAGAUGGAUCCGGAGACGCCCUGGCCCGAGGAUGGCCUGGAGUUCAGCGCGCUGUGGAUUCGCGGGAUUAGCCUGAAGUGCGCGGAGUGGAAGCUCCAGCUUCGCGACUUCCCGCAGCCGUUGCUCCUGGUGGAGGGUCUGAACGUCUGGGGCAGACUGGCCGGGGCGGAGGCCCUCGCGCCGUUGCGGGCCAAAAGAACCGUCAGAAUCGAGAUCGGCGCGCCCUGGGAGGAUAUAGUCGUGGAGCGGGGAAUGACGUCUCUCAAGUAUUAUCACGACUUGAAUUGGGAUAUCGACAAGUUCAGGUACGCUUUCGGGCCGUGCUGGGAGCCGGUGAUAGCCCAGUGUAACCUCAGCUUCGAAAAAAUUCUGCAUCCCUCGAGGGACCCGAGUCCGCCGUUGCCAUUCUGGGACAAGAUGCGCCUGGCCCUUCACGGCAGGCUGACCCUCUGCGUGAAACAGCUGACGGUGUUGCUGCACGGUUCGCUGGAUCCGUACAAUACCACUGAGGAGAUGGAACUCACGUGGACCGGACUGGAGCUCGACUGGACCCAGGGGAAGAUCAUCAUUAAGGGCGACCUCGACGUCUAUGUGCGUACAGCUAGUAAGUAUGACGACUGCCGAUUGCUACACCUGCCCAACGUCAGAUUGGGCAUCAAAUUGGCCUGGGUGUGUCUCGGAGACCCGCGUGACCAUCACGCCGCCGUACCCUGCGCCCCGGAUCGCUUGCCCGAGUACUCGAGCAACCAGGAACACGACUCGUUCAGAGCGUUUCGCUCCCAGAAUCUCAACGUCAGCCUCUCCCUUGAAACCAAACCGACUGGAUCACCUACCCUGGCCAGCGCGCCGACGGCGUUGCUCUACGGUAGCACCCUGAGAUGGUUCGAGAACUUGAAGUUGAUACUCUCGGGUGCGACGAGACCUACGAGGAAAGGUCCUCUGUUCAGGAACAUUAGGCCUAGGAAGAAGCAGCUUAGCAGGCACUACAGGAAGAUCCGGUUGACCUUGGCUUUCCAUCGUUUCCACGUCAACUACUGGAUGUCCUUCGCCAUGCAGCGCGGCUUUGAGGUGACUGGCGGUAGAGUGGCCUGCAGCUCGGAGCACAACCUGGCGCUCCACCCGAUCGACGAUGGGUUGAUCCAUCGGCCGCGAGCCGAGUGGUCUGUCGUCUACAUGAACUGCGAGCUGAGCGACGCUGAGAUCUGGUUGAAGAGCGCGCUGCAGGAAGAUGAAGUGGAGAGCGCCUCGCUACGCCAGCCAGUGGAGAAGUGCUACUGCUUGAGCGUGGCCCGCGUCAGCUACGGCCGGGAGGCGAUGGUCACCGGAGUGAGCGGCGACACACCGAUUCAUCGGCUGGUCGUGCACGACUUGCGGGGCGCCUGGACCAAGACCAACCGGGACGUCGCAUUUGCGCUCUUCGACUCCUUUAUCAAGACCCAGCAGCUGAAGAAGAAUCUGUCCACUGCGGCACUUAAGGGCUUUCACCGGGACAACAGUUCAACGCCACACAAAAACCGCGCCGCCAGCGUCAGGUCUGCUGUGGUCGAUCAGCAGAGCGCGACCACCCAGGUGACGCCGUCUUCCGCCGUAAGCAAGCCGCAGCAGGGCGAGGUGGCGGGGAUGCUGCAGAGAUUGAUAGCGGAGGCGGUGAACAAACCUGUGGCCUUCAGUGAUGAUCUGUCCGUGCAAACCAGGGGACAACAGCUGCGUGGAUUGGCCGCUUGUCAUCAAGAUGACGUCUUGCACAAAAACUGGCUAAUCGCUUUGGUGAACAGUCAGGUGUUAUUGAAGGGCAUCGAGACUCGUGGAUAUGUUAUUCUGUCGGCGGCUAAAGCGGAGAUAUUACAGAGAGUCCAUCAUCCGGUUUGGAAGGAGCGAUCUCUCGUUCCAAAGACAACCUGGGUCGGCUCGUUGGAGUGCAUGCAGUAUUACGCCACCGUCAGCGCGAACAUUGACGACAAUAUCGAUGAUAAUAUUAUGUGGCUGACCUUGGAUAAUAUACAGGAAAAGGAUUCUACCAUCAUAGUAGGCCUGCCGGAUGUCCCAGCUCUGGUGGGAUCCGGCCAGAGCGUCGGCGGCGUGGUGAGCCAAACGGUGGGAGGCGGUGGCGGUCCUCAGCAUCAACUGCAGCGCAUAGUGUCCCGAUGCAAGUGCGAGUUCUUCUACGUCGGUUACGGCCAAACGUUGGACGUCGGCUCCAUGGACCAGGUCCCAGCACCGCCCAGAGAAGAGGUCAGUCUCUGGGAGAGGAAGGAUCUGACCGCGGCCGACGCGUUCACGUUGAUGCAUCACGACUUGGACGUGUGCACCAACUCUUUGCAGUACGCGAUGAUCCUGGACAUAGUCAACAACCUGUUGCUGUAUGUAGAACCUAGACGGAAGGAGGCUUCGGAGAGGCUGCAGCGGAUGAGGUUCCAGUUGCAGCUGCACUCCGUCGAGGACCAGAAGAGACCGAUACAGCAGCUGCAGAACACGGUCCGCGGUUUAGUAGCGAAGCUGAGGCGUCUGGAACGGGAGACGUAUUUGGUGCAGAAGGCGCUAGCUGAUGAAUCCAGCCCAGAGUUAUUGACGGAGAUGGAACGUCUGGAGGCGAACGUCUUCGAGUGCAAGGAGCAGCUUGGGGCGAAGGCGGAAGAGUUGGACGUCAUGUUGAACUGUUACAAGGAGACCACCGCGCCUGCGGCCGCCUCGACCACGCUGAAGGACAAACCGGCCGCGGUGGCCAGGGUGGCCGAGAUCUGCUUCAAGCAUGCGCAGUGGAGGCUGACGGACGCCGACGGUCAGCUGGGUAUCGCCGAUCUCAUAUUGACCAAUUUUCUUUAUACUAAAACCAGCAAGACCGACGACUCGGUGGAGCACUUGCUGGAGCUCGGAUACGUCCGGAUGACGAAUCUCCUGCCGAAUCAGACUUACACGGAGGUCCUUGUGCCCACGGAGCUGCAGAGCAAUAUGCCUGUGGACCGACAGAGAGCUCUUCGGGUCUUUUGUAGAGAAAAGGCGCCGGUAGCCGGGAUUUCUGUGAAGGAACACUUUGAAAUUAAUGUGGUGCCUCUUACGAUAGGUCUGACAAAAAAAUUUUUCAAUACUAUGUUGAAGUUUUGCUUUCCCGAAAGAGAUCCGGAAGGCAUAGAAGAAGCGCCAGUGCCACAACGCGACUCGUCCUUUUAUGUGCCCAUCGAGAGAAGAGACGACGUGGAGAAAAUGAAAGAGAGAGCGGAUAAAAACAAAUUGUUUAUAUACAUAAAAAUACCGGAAGUACCUGUUCGCGUAUCAUAUAAGGGAAACAAGGAAAAGAAUCUCGAGGAUGUACGUGAUUUUGCUUUAGUUAUACCAACUUUAGAGUAUCACAAUGUGACAUGGACAUGGCUAGAUUUGCUUCUGGCUAUGAAGAGCGAUUCCAGGCGUGUAAUUUUGAGCCAAGCCAUCAAGCAAAAAUUGCAGAUAAAACCGAGAGGAGGACCGCCCGAAGAGUCCGUACCACAGGAAGAGGAUAAGGCUCGUCUUUUGUUAGGUACCAGGCAUCUUCCUGGAGAUGCAAGGAAGAAGGGUGUAUUUAAGUUUAAAUAAUUUAUAUAUAGCUUGUACAUGUACUAGUUACAUGUGUCAGCUAUUUGUAUUAUAAUAUAUAUUAGCUUGUUGUAUUAUAAUAAUUUAUUUAUUUAAUAGCAUUGUGAUAAAUGUUGUGAGCUUAUAUAUAUUUUUGUUUCUCUUGUAAAUAAAUUCAAAAUAUUAAAUAAAAAAUUAUUUUUAUAUUUCUAAUAUAUAUUAUCGUGAGGUAAAAAAUGAUCAGUGUCCCAUUUUAAAUAAUGCAUUGCUAUUUUUUAAAAAUUAAGGUUUUCAUCGAAAAAUGUUUCAUACAAAAGUCGCCGGAAUCAUUGUAUAUAAUUUUCUUGUAUAAAUUCAUUCCUCAUAUUUGGCAUAAAAAAUUGUUGGAGUGGAAUAGUCGAAAAAUAAAUGAUUUACGAGAUGCUUCAUUCUUA